AUGAUACGUUUUAUACUUAUCCAAAAUCGAGCUGGAAAAACACGACUAGCAAAAUGGUACAUGCAUUUCGAGGAUGAAGAGAAACAGAAGUUAAUUGAAGAAGUCCAUGCGCUGGUUACUGUUCGUGAUGCUAAGCAUACGAACUUCGUGGAAUUUCGCAAUUACAAAGUAGUCUAUCGACGUUAUGCCGGAUUGUACUUUUGUGUGUGCAUCGAUGUUAUGGACAAUAGUCUGAUGUACCUGGAAGCUAUACACAAUUUCGUUGAGGUUCUUAACGAGUUGUUUCAUAAUGUCUGCGAACUUGAUUUAGUGUUCAAUUUUUAUAAAGUAUAUAGUGUUGUUGAUGAAAUGUUUCUUGCUGGCGAAAUCCGAGAAACAAGUCAGACAAAGGUUCUCAAACAAAUCCUCAUGUAUUCCGCUCUUGAAUGA